CUCGGCCCUUCCCGUGCUCCGCCGUUCUGCUCGCUCGUCGCCGGAUCGUCGGGUUGUGGUGGUGGUGGUGGUGGUGAUGAGGAUGAUGAUGAUGAUGAUGAUGAUGUGGAUGAUGAUGAUGGCGGAAGCGGAGCUGCGCUGACUCUCUCUCUUUCUCUCUCUCUCUCUCUUUCUUUCUCUCUUUUAAUUUAUUCUCGUUAUUCGUCUGUCGGUGGAAAGCCGUCGACCGAACGGGCCGCGCGUGUCUGUCUGUCUGUCUGUCUCUCUCUCUCUCUCUCUGUCUGUCUGUCUGUCUCCCACUCCGUGUCGGUAAAUGGGGAACGAGGCGAGCCUCGAGGGAGAGUCUGGCCAGCCGGGAGCCGCUUCCGCUUCAGCACCGCCGCGCGCUGGACAGCUCAGCGAGCCGAGCACCGGAGCGCGCGCUGCACCCGGGCCGGGACCGAACAGCACCCAAGGCAAACCCACGCACACAGACCCCAGUAAUGGGCCCAAGCCGGGGGGGUCGGUCGGCGGCGGCCCCGAUCAGAGCCAGUCUCCCCGUAAGAGCCCUCAAGGGGACGCGGGCGGCCCUAAAUCGCCCUACUCUGUGCCGCAGAUUGCCCCAAUGCCCAGCAGUAAGCUGUGCCCGGUGUGUAAAACAGCCGACCUGACGGGCGUCACAGACGGACAGCCGAACUGCAACACGUGCACGCAGUGUCGCGCCACAGUGUGUAACCAGUGCGGCUUCAACCCCAACCCACACCUCACAGAGGUGCAGGAAUGGCUGUGUCUGAACUGCCAGAUGCAAAGAGCAUUAGGAAUGGACAUGGACACUCCACGAUCCAAGAGUCAGCAGCAGAUCCAUUCUCCGCAGCAGCCCACCAAAGCCCAACCUCGAACGGCGCCCCAAACUCCAUCUUCAACCCAACCCAAACCUUUCCCUCCAUCCCAGAAUGAACCAAAAUCUCAAUCUCAACCAUCCACCCCCCUGAAAACCCAAACCCAAACCCAAGCAAAACCUCAACCCCAACCCACUCCAUCAACCCAGUCCCAAGGGAAACCUCAACCCCAACCCACUCCAUCAACCCAGUCCCAAGCAAAACCUCAAUCCCAACCCUCUCCAUCAACCCAGUCUCAAGCAAAACCUCAAUCCCAACCCUCUCCAUCAACCCAAACCCAAGCAAAACCUCAACCCCAGACUACUCCAUCAGCCCAAACCCAAGCCAAACCUCAAUCCCAACCUCCGACACCUUCGCAGACUCAACCAAAACUUCCAUCCACCCCUCAGACUCAACGAAAAUCUCAAUCACAGCCUGCGACUCCGACCAAAUCUCAACCGAAUCCUCCUCCAUCGGAGCAGCCGUUUGGCAAGCUCUUUGGAUUUGGCGCAUCCCUGCUGAACCAGGCCAGCAGUCUGAUAUCGGUCGACCAGCCUCAGCCUCAGUCUCAGCCUCAGACACCUCAGAAGGCUCCAACACCAACUCCAAAGCCUGGAGCCCAACCCGGACCCCCUCCUGGACCCCAACCUGGAGCACCAUCUCAGCAGCAGAAGAGUAGACCAAAAGUGUGCUGCCUGCUGUGCAAGACCGAGCUAAACGUUGGUGUGCCUACAGAACCUCCCAAUUACAACCACUGUACCCAGUGCCACUCCCAGGUCUGCAACAUGUGUGGCUUCAACCCCACACCGCAUCUCACUGAGAAGAAAGAAUGGCUCUGCUUGACCUGCCAGACCCAAAGAGCCAUUUCAGGGGAUUUAGGGGACGGGCCAUCUCCUGUUCCUCAGCCGAUGGGAUCUCCACGAGUGCCGGGUCCGAGCACCCAACAGCAGGCCCAACUGAGGCCACCCAGUCAGCAGGCAGGGGUGAGGCAUGCCGGUCCUCAGCAGCAAAAAACACCUGGUGCCCAAGUAAGUGGUCCUCUCCCUUCUACCAAACAAGGAACACCACAGAGCAAGGGUCCCACUCAAGUGUCUCCUGCCAAGACAGCCCCUACCCAACCUGCGAGCAAAAGCAAGGCAGAAACUCGCAAACAAGAGCAAGGCAUUAGCAAGAAACAAGCAGUGUCCAAAACUGAGAAAGAAGGUGACAUGAAAGUGUUCCUUAAGAAAGGAACACAGGAAGUUAAAGACCAGAAGAAAUGUAGUGACUCGCAGAAAUCUAAACACCAUGACGAUUCCAACAAGUCCAGUACGCAGAGUCUGAGUGACACGGGCUACUCCUCCGAUGGCAUAUCUGGCUCCCAGAGUGAGAUCACUGGGCUCAUCCGAGAGGAAGGAAUUAAACUCAGUGAAGGAGGCUUGUCUACCCAACGCAGUCCUCCCAGCCCCUCUGAAAUAAAAAAACUUGAAAGUUCUAUGCGACCUCUGUUGCAGUCAGAGACAGCCUCUGAAAUUGAUAAGCAGAGACCACAGUCUCUUACCAUAACACAAGACCAGUUUGAUUCCGAUGGGGAAGUAUCCGAUGACCUUAGUUGCAAAUUACGUCAUGACUAUGUGGAGGAUAGCAGUGAAAGUGGCCUGUCUCCUUUACCAACCAGACAGAAGUUGCAGAAGGACCUAACAGAUGAGGAGUUUAUGAGAAGACAAAUUUUGGAAAUGAGUGCAGAUGAGGAAGAAAUGGUAGAGACUGAAGGGCAAGUAAAAAUCAAAAAGAGUCAUAAACACAGUGGUGAUUUGGGAAAAGAGAGGCGACGCCUUACACAGCAAUCUAACAGUUUUGAGGAUGACACUAAAAGUAAUGAUGGUGCAUACAAGUCCAGUGACACAGACGAAAUGAUGGGUUCACAAGGAGGCCUAAGACGAUUUAAGACUAUAGAACUGAACAAUACUAACAGUUAUAAUCGUGAUUUGGAACUUAGCACAGAGCAUGAUCUUAGGGAACCUGAGCUUGAGAUGGAAAGCCUGACUGGAUCACCUGAAGAAAGGUCAAGGGGAGAGUAUUCCUCAACCCUUCCUGCUACCACACCUAGCUAUACAUCUGGCACCUCUCCUACCUCUGUGUCAUCACUGGAGGAUGACAGUGAUAGUAGUCCUAGCAGAAGGCAAAGGCUAGAGGAGGUUAAACAGCAGAGGAAAGCAAGACAUCGAUCCCAUGGCCCACUCUUACCAACAAUAGAAGACUCAUCUGAAGAAGAUGAACUGAGGGAAGAGGAAGAGCUGUUAAGAGAACAAGAGAAGAUGAGAGACUUGGAACAGCAAAGGAUUCGAAGCACAGCCAGGAAAACAAAAAGGGAUAAGGAGGAACUCAGGGCACAGAGACGCAGAGAGAGGUCAAAGACUCCCCCCAGCAACCUGUCACCAAUUGAGGAUGCUUCCCCAACAGAGGAGCUUCGACAAGCAGCUGAAAUGGAAGAACUUCACAGAUCAUCCUGUUCAGAAUACUCUCCCUCUAUGGACUCAGAGGCAGAAGGAUUUGAAGUUGGCUCUAAACUUUAUAAGUCUGGCAGUGAAUACAAUCUUCCAAAUUUUAUGUCUCUGUAUUCGCCUACAGAAAAAACAUCUGCUGUGUCACCAUCUGCUGUACACAAAUCAUUAAAAAGCGCUGAGGAGGUUUAUGAGGAAAUGAUGAGAAAGGCAGAGAUGAUGCAAAAACAGCAGGGACAACCAGGAAAACAAGGGCAGCAAGGGGCCUCCCAUUUAGCAAAUAAUCAGCACUUAAGAACAGGGUCAACAUCUUUGAGUCCAGGCACAAGUCCCACACAGAUGUCAGCACCUGUAUCAUUUUCAGAAAGUAGCACUAGUGGAAAGGAGACAGCCAGCCUUAAUGAUACACAACAAAAUCAGGCCAAGAUACCUACCCAGACCUCCAAAAUUUCACAGUCUCAGCCACAAGUGCGUCAGCCUGACCCCGGACAGCAACAAGUAAGACCUGUCCAGGGUCAAGGUGCUGACUCAACUACACUAACCUCUAAGUUGUAUGCUCCUUUCAAGGGUCCCAGUCCUACUACAUCCCCUUCUUCCUCUCCUACACAAAGUCCAACUCCUGCAAAAGCUCAUGGUCACACAUCAUCUGUACCAUCUACUCCCCAAGGCUCCCCCAUUCCUCAAAGAACUGGGGCCCCUCGUCUUGCGAGACAACAGUCCUCCCAAGAUACACCAGUCAUGGUGAUAACACUAGGAUCAGGCACUACUACUCAGCCCCCAAAACCAAUAACUGUAAAUUCUUCUACAUCCCCUCUCUCUUCUCCAACAAGUAGCCAGCAACAGCCAAUUUUUCGGACCCAGGCUCCAGUAACAAGUUCUCCUACAUCACCACAAAUGUCUCAGCUCACCUAUCAGAGAGGACAAGCAGCUGAAAGAGUCACUACUGGGUCAAGCACUCCUUCCUGUGCAGUUUCUCAAAGCCAGAGAUCUGAAAACAUAUCAGUGUGUAAAAUAUCCAAUGUUCCAGGAACCUCUAAGGUUAUUGAGCAAGGGACAGUGACCCAAAGUGGAAAUGUAGUUGAUCUUAGAGCAGUGAAGCCUGCUCCAAUUAUCAUGACAGACCAUGGUAUGGAUCUAACAUCUGUGUCAUCUGACACACGAAGGUACUCGGUUGAUGCAGACCACCCCCCAAGUCGUCAUACAGCAGUCCAACCUCUAAUUAUGAACCUAAAUGCACAGGCACAACCUUACGUGACAACAUCCACACCAACAACAGUUAGUGUUACUGUGGCAGCUUCUAUGUUCAUAUCACAGCCUAAACACCCGAUGGUUUAUGGAGAUCCACUGCAGAAUCGAGUUGACUUUGGUCAAGGUGCUGGAUCAGCUGUUUGUCUUUCUCAACCAAGACCACCAAUAACAGAUCCAUCAAUUCCAAAGAUAGAUGCAUGUCUGGAAGAUCUUGGUAUCCAACAACAGCAGCUUCAAAAGCAACAACAGAAGCUCCAACAGCAACAAGAGCUCCUUGAACAACAGCUCCAACAGCACCAACAAAAUACAGCUUCUUUUGCUCGUUACAACUUAGCAAACCAAGUGCAACCAAUAUUGUUAAAGAAAGACUUAGUGGUCUGCCAGACCAGUGGUGGAACCACGCAAACAGUGGUUAGUGCCAUUCCCAAAGUAUCCCCACUUCCACCACAGCCCUUAACAAGCUCUGUAUCUCCUACCCCUACAAUUGGCCAUGACAUAUAUGGUGGGGUUGCUCUGGAACUAAAAAAUAAGCCCACUGUAGCUAACCUCUCAACGGGAAAGCCUCAUGUAAUGAUGGUACAGUUAGAUGAGAGUAGUUCAUCACAAGGGGGUACAGUUACCCAAAUAGUUAAAAAGGAAGAGCCACCUCCAGCACCAGAAGUUCUUGAUCUCACUGGACAGAUCAAGUCAGAGAACCAAGUGGCCUGCUGUGAUGUUGUCUACCAGUUGCCUUUUGCUGGUAGCUGUUCAGGUCCUUUUGGUCAGAGAGGCAAAACAGCUAUUUCAGAGCCAAAUCCUUCUGCUGAUUCUACCCCAGCCCCUCAUCAGCAAACUCAGCUAGAAAAAGAUGGUUACCAGCCAGUAAAUAUGCAAGGAGUAUCAGAGGAGCACAAACCUUUCACCAUGCCUCCACCUGGACGACUUCCACCAUCAAUGUCGGAUACAAAUCUUGCAGAAUCAGGACUUCAGUACUAUCAAAGGACAGAUCCCGGGGACCUAGCAGUGGAUUUAAGCUCUAUGAAACAAGCAUAUGAAGCAGGAUAUCUUGGAAUGGGUGCCCAAUAUGGAUCCUACACUGAUUUGCGUCAUCAAGGAGAUGUUUCAACCCCACCGUUACCUCUGCGUAGAUAUGGCUCAUUGUCCAAUAUCAGUGGAGACUUUGGCUAUCAUUCUCGUGACCUGGCAGGAGCUCAAGAACCAAAUCUUGCACAGUACAGUGCCACCACUGCCAGAGAAAUUAGCAGAAUGUGUGCUGCCCUUAACUCUAUGGAUCAGUUUGGAAAUCGUUAUACAAACAGCCCAGAUCUUCUUCAAUAUGGUGCUGGAAGAGGAGGCCCACUAGGAAGGCUUGGCCUUCAACAAGGUCUAACAUCUCUCAGAGCAAACCUCCUUUAUGGCCCAGAUGGGAGGCCCACUGCACAUGGACAAGCACUUACAAAUCUAAUCAAUGCUAGACAGGCUAGCCUGCGGGCCUUAUAUCCUCCUGCAUUGAGGACUGCUGAUGGCAUGAUAUACUCUACUAUAAACACUCCUAUAGCUUCCACUUUACCAAUCACAACCCAACCUGCUCCUGUAUUAAAUUCUAUGCUAAGAGGAGUCUAUAGGCCUUAUCCUCCAGGCAGUGUGACAGCUGUUCCUCUUGCCAGCCUUAGUAGAUUGCCUCAUGUCACUCCAAGGAUGCCUCUCUCUACACAGGGACCUUACAGAUACCCUGCUCCAACCCAUUUCCCAGCCACUGCCCCAGAUUCUAUUUCAGGGAGUGUGCCAACUACAAGUACCUCCCAAGAAACUCCUGUCUAUUUUGGUAGGCCUACAGUACCUGGCACAAUCACAUCGACUACAACUAGUGCUAUACCACCCCAACCAACUAUUUUAAACCAACAGACUUCUCAGGGUCAUAUUCCAGCAGAUGCUACCACAGUCCUUCCUCCCUCUCAAAGUCAAAUUCAGCAGCAAAUACAGGCACAAACCCAGACUCAAGCAUUAACCAAAAGUAAAGAUUUGUCCUACACUCAAGGACUGUCACUUUCUCAGACACAGGCCCACUUAUCAGUGCCACAAUCACAGCCACAUGCAGCUACGAGAGUAUUGCCAGAUACAGCAGUUAGUGGUAUCAUUGACACAUCUACAGACAAAGAAAAGGAGAAAGAGGAAGACCGUUUACGACAGCAACAAGAGCAGCUACUGCAACUGGAGAGAGAGCGCAUUGAGUUAGAGAAGCUUCGUCAGUUGCGACUUCAAGAAGAGUUGGAGAGGGAUCGCUUAGAGCUACAGAGGCACAGGGAGAAAGAACAACUUCUUGUGCAGCGUGAGAUCCAAGAACUGCAGAACAUCAAGCAGCAGGUCCUCCAGCAACAGCAGGUUGAAAGAGAAACUCAAUUGGUAAUACAGAGAGAGCAGCUGGCCCAGCAGAGGAUGCAACUAGACCAAAUUCAGGCUCUGCAACAGCAACUCCAGCUGCAGCUUGAAGAGCAGAAGAGGCAAAAGACAGCAGCCGUUGAAGCAGUGGCAGCAGUGGCAGCAGCAGAGGCAGCUGCUGCUUCUGCAGCUGCUGCUGCAGCAGCCACGACUGCUCAAGGUGCCAUUAAUGGAAUGGUGGUUGGUGGAGCCCCUCAAGCAAUCUCCAUCAUCUGUGAUCAGAGUGGAAGGGUUAUUCCACAAGAUGGCCAGAGUUUGCAAUUUUUACCUUGCAUGGAUGGGCAGAUGGUUCAAGCACUGGUUUCCACAAGACCUAUGCCCAGCUCAGCCUCUGAAAUGUCCCUGAGGAACAGUGAUGACCAGGGAAGUAGCCAUAUUAUAAAGAAACAGAAUUCAAUGCCCCGCUUGAGGAAUGGCACUGAGGAAGAACCUGUGAAAAGGAUUGCGGAUAGCAGUGUCCAAACUGAUGAUGAAGAUGCAGAGGAUCGGUUUAUGUCACGGCGCAGAAGGACCAGGCGUAUUGCUGACUGUAGUGUCCAGACAGAUGAGGAGGACCAGGGGGAGUGGGACAGCCAGCCAGUGCGCCGUCGACGGUCAAGGUACUCCAAACACUCUGAAUCGAGUGCGGAAAGUAAAAUCGAUGCAUCUAAAGUGACCUCCAGCAUAGCUAUCCAGACCACCAGUGAUUCCUCAUGUCAAACUGAAUCAGAUCAGCUGGGCAGAGUCUCACCAGCCAUUCACAUCACCAUGGCUGAGACAUCAAAGGUUGAACUGCUUCACUACAUCUCUGCACCAGAGAGAACACACAAGGGAGAGAGUUUAGCCUGCCAGACUGACCCAGAAGCACAGUCUCAAGGAGUGGUUGUUCCUCAGCUCAGUGUUCCCACCACAGUCAGCCCCUACUCCACCAGUUUACAGGUAGUUGGUGCCACAUCAGCCAAGUUUGAAAGAAGGAAACCAGACCCACUAGACAUUGGGCUGCAAGCACAGCAACAAAUUGAUACACGUCCACCCAAAUCCCCACAAGUGUUGUACUCCCCUGUGUCUCCCCUGUCCCCCCACCGCAUGCUGGAGACAACCUUUGCCUCCAGUGAGAAGCUCAACAGGGCACAUGUCACACCCCAGCAAAAGGCCUUCACUACUGAAUCACCCAAGAAGCAUCAAACAAUUCCAAGGCCAAUAAAAAGUGUUCAGCGCUCCAUGUCAGAUCCCAAACCCCUCAGCCCAACUUCAGAGGACCCAUCUAAGACCAAAUUCUCACUGUACCAGAGUCAAAACUCUUCAGGCAGUCAACUGCAGAACUCGAUGAUGAGGAAAGUGAAACGGACCCUCCCCAGCCCCCCUCCAGAUGAGACGCCGCUCCCCAUUGUAACCCCUGCAAUGACCCACAUGUACAGCUCCCCUGGAAUGCCCCAGAGAGUAUUGCCCCGUCCAGUACAAGGUGUCACCAAGGCGGGUCUUCUGAGUGAACUGAAAGCUGUCGAACAAGAGUCUUCCAAGCUACGUAAACAGCAAGCAGAACUUGAGGAAGAAGAGAAAGAGAUUGAUGCUAAGUUACGCUGUUUGGAACUAGGCAUUACCCAGCGCAAGGAAACCAUGGUAAAAGAAAGAGAGAGGAGAGAGCUGGCCUACCUGCGAGGCAUUGGGGACGCACGGGACUACAUGUCAGACAGUGAACUCAACAACCUUAGAUUAACUGGAGUACCAGCAGGGACCUAUGAAGUGAAUGGACUGUUGUCGAGACCAAGCACAGCACCUCUUAGCCAAUUUACUUCUGAUCCAAAUGUGACUUCUCAGUACCCACCCACCUCCUCUUAUGUCCCAUAUCCAUUUCCACAGAGCCAACCUGCACCAACGCAGCCACCGACUGCAGCCUAUCAGCAGAUUGGAUUUCAAGCACCACAGUAUCCAACACCAUCCCAGCCUCAACCAGGCACCUUUCAGCCACACCCUUCUCAACCCUCAUCCUAUCAAACACAAGGAGCCUACCAGAGCCAUGGGUAUGCCCAGUCAUAUCAGCCAGAUCUAGGCCUGCAGCAGCCCAGCCACCAAAGCUUUCAGCCUCCUGCAGCUCAUUUGCCUGGACAGACAUUACCGUAUCCUGGCCAAAGUCUGCCCUUCCAGCCCCAAGCUGAUAUCCUUUCUGGACAUCAGCUGCCACGACAUACAUCACUGGCUGAUCUUGAACAGAAACUGCCAACUAAUUACGAAAUAAUUACUAAUCCUGCAGUGUCAGUAGCCACCUCGGCUCAGGAAACUGGCUUUAGUGGUGCCUAUUCUUCACCAUUGACAAAUGCUUAUGGGCCAUAUCGUACCCCUGACCAAACAAUGACAGACCGCAUACCAAGUCCUACAUCUGGGUAUGGCACAGAUGGUCUCUAUACGACAAAUCUAGAACAAAAUAUACCGAGAAACUAUGUAAUGAUAGAUGAUAUAAGUGAACUGACAAAGGAGAACAUGGGAUCAUCUGAUGCUUCAAGGACAGGUUAUGGGAGUGAGAAUGGUCCACGGGGGAUGGGUUAUGGAGAUGGGUCUGAAGAGCUAUAUGGAAGAGCUGGCAGCACCACCAGUUACCACCAUCAGGGUGCUGUGGACAGUCAUGGCCGUCCUAGCACAACUGUGAGUGGUGGAUCUUCCUAUUACUAUGAUGACUAUAAGCAUUCAUCUCGCAGUAGUUCUGGAAUGGGCAGCCAGAAGCAUUCCUCUAAGAACGUGGCACCAGCUGCUGUGUCCUCCAAGCGUAGUAAACACAGGAAGCAAGGCAUGGAGCAGAAGAUUUCCAAAUUCUCCCCUAUUGAAGAGGCACGAGACGUAGAAUCUGACUUGGCCUCCUACACAAUGACAACACCAUCAGGUGGAAGCUGUACCAUGGUUUCUAGAUCAGGGGUAAAAAAGAAUGUCUAUGAUCAACAGAAGUACUAUGGCUCGAGAGAAGGCUUGGAUGAAGAUGAUCGUCUGUACAGCUCUGGAAGGUCAAGGUCCACAGGCUAUGGCAUGGAUAAAAUCUCCUCCAGAGACUCAGGAGGGUACAGAAGUAAAUCAUAUGAGAGAGACGCCAUGGAGCGAUCUCAGAGGGGUACUCAUAGCCGCAGUGGACGUUCCACCAUGCGUACUCAGAACUCAGAGGAAGAGAGUCCACUGAGCCCAGUGGGGAAACCUGUGGGUAUGGGACGUGUCUCAGACCCACAUGAUGUUAGAAACCAGUAUGGCUCCAGCCAUUCCCUUCCUGAUGUUCAGGACCAUCACACAAGGGAUAUGCCUAAGAGCCAUGCCUACAAGCCAGAUGACCCGUACCUAGUGGAUGAUAUGCAUUGUGCUGUUUCAGACAGCGAAGCAUACCAUUUAGGACAGGAGGAAACAGACUGGUUUGAGAAACCACGGGAGGCCACUUCUGAUCGUUCCAGACAUCAUGGGAGUGGAAGCCACUCUUCUUCAGGUAAGAGAGGCCAUGUCAAGCACACCUACCAUGAUUAUGAUGAACCCCCUGAGGAAGACUUGUGGCCACAAGAUGAAUACAGCCACCAACGCCAUUCCUCUUCCACCUCAUCCCGAGAACAUCGGCAUCAUGUUAGUAGCUCAGGACGUCACUCAUCGUCCCGACAUUCCUCUGAAGAAUCUAGAUCCUCCCGUUCUUCAAGAUCACAUCCUAAGGACCCAUCAGCUCGCUCUGAAGGGCGCAGCACUUCAUCCACUUCGCAUAAAAGAUCCUCAGAACCCCGAUCUUCACAGUCAGGGUACCGGGAUUCUGGUGAGUACUCCCGUGACCCUGUAUCUGGACAUCAUCAUAGCUCUAGUGGUCAGCGGGGGCAAAGGCAGUCUGGUGCUUCCAGACGGCAAGACUCUCCUUCGUCCAAGCAACAGCAGCAACAGCAGCCGCAACAAGGUUCUGUAGGUCAACAGCAACAAGGUUCUGUAGGUCAACAGCAACAAGGUUCUGUAGGUCAGCAGCAACAAGGUUCCAUAGGUCAACAGCUACCGCCACAGCAAGGACAGCAAAGGUCCACAAUACAGCCGACAGCUGGCAGGCAGCCUGGAUCUCAGCAGCCUGAAACUGGGCAGCAGGGGCAACAGACCAGCCAGCAACCUCGUACUCAGCAGCAGCAGUCACAACCACAGCCUGCACAACAGCCAGCAACAACCACAGCAGGUGUGACUCAGCCCACAGCUGUGGCUACUGGUAUUGGAGCUGGGGCCGCUCAACAGCAACAAGCUAAGCCAGGCCAGGCUCCAGCAUCAGGACAACCACUGGCUGCAGCAGCAACCACAGCUCAGCCUACUACUGCUGGGGGAGGACAGACGAAACCUGACGCUGCUCCUGUUGCACCAACUCCCGCAGUUGCUAUCGGGUCUAAAGCUGCGCCCCAGCCUGCUAAAGCCCCUAUGACCCCAGCCACAGGCAUUGGGUCAAAAGCAGCUCCCCGGCCAGGUGGCAUAGGCAGCGCGGCCCAGCCAACACAGCAACCCAUGGAGAGUGAAAACGUUUUCAGCAAAAUCCUGCCGGGUGGCGCCGCUGAACAAGCAGGAAAACUAGGAGACGCCGUGUCUGCUAUCGGCAAGAAGUUUACGUCGUUUUGGUGAGCUGCUAUCUGGAGGGGUUGUGGCUUGUGGCUGAGCAGAGGCUUGUUACUGGAAAAAAAUUGGAAACUGUUUCUGCCAUCUUACCCAUUAAUCUGUGGAUGGAGGACACCUGAGAACUGGUGGAUGAUCUGGCCUGGGAAGAGGGAUGAAGAUCCAGAGAGCGUCCUGUCUGAGCGUCCUGUCCGACAGCUCGGCCUGAGCCACCAUCAUCUCAGAUGAGACGCUCCACUCCACUGCACGAGGAUUAUGGAGAUGUCUCCUGAAUAUUCACUUUUACCUAAUCGUGAUCAUUCUGUAAACCUGUGCUCAGGUGUCCUCUUCUCUCUCUACCUGUCUCUCUCUCUCAGUCUCUCUCUCUUACUCACACACACACACACACUUUAGUGAUGACAGAAGCAGUUCUUGAAGCUUUUUCCAGUCCCAAUCCUGAAUCGGAGACUUUCUGAGACUGAUCGUUCCCCCACCGAGUGGACAUUUUCACUAAGGCGAUGAUUGACCUUUGAAUGUUUUUUGUUUUUUUUUUCUUUUCGUUCUGUCUUUCUUUCUGUAAUCUGUUUGUUAUGUGCACUUGAAUGCAAUCGUGUAAAGUGUUGUACAUGCGACUGCGCGCAUGGAAGUAGAUGUCUUAUAUAUAAACCCAUAAACACUCACAUCUUCUCAUGAUCUCCAAGGAGGAGGAAGAGGAGGAGGAAGAAGAAGAGGAGGAGGAAGAGUAAGAGGAGGAAGAGGAGGACGAAGAGGAGGGGGGAGAUGAGGAAGAGGAGGUGAUGGCGCUGUGACGAGUUCAGAGCUCAGCGCUGACAUUACAGCCUUCCCGUCGCUCUUUCAGCCAUGAUCACGCCAUCGCUAGUCGAUCGCACACAGAACCCCAGAUCUCUUCAUCAGUUAUUAACACCCUCAUGAUCUUAUUAUUAUUAUAUUUUUCAUUUCUUUUUCAUUUCAUGUUUUGUUGGCCUGAUUUUCUUUGCGAUUAAGAGCCUUAUCCAUUUUUUCACAUACCUCAUGAUUGUUUUUUUUAAAGAAUCAUCCUUUUAUUUUUUGCACAGCUGUAUUCUACUGUACAGAGACACGUCUUUAUGGAAAGAUAUUGUAAAUCACUGGAGUAUUUAUGGAUUUUUAUUUAUAUGUGUUUGAAAUUUGUUUAUUUAUACUACAUUGUUUUUUGGUGUGUUUCCUUAAUUAUUAAUUUAUUAUUGUUUUAUUAUUUGGAGGUUGAUUUCCUCAGAGCAAUAGCAUGCACAUUGUUAUAGAGCACAAUGAUUUCCUCGUCAAACUCAGUCCCUUGAUUAUUAAAUCAUGACACGUGUGGAUGGAUCGUCUGCAAGCACUGAACAUUUCUCUCUCUCUCUCUCUCUCUGUCUCUCUCUCUCUCUCACACACACGCACACACACACUGAUAUGUAUAAUCAAAUCCAAAAUCGCCGUCUUGAGUUUCCAUUUCAGAUUCUCUAUGCAAUGAUCCAUUCCGAUCGUCAUUGCCGCAUUUCCACGCAGAUGUCACGUCACCUGCGAAUACGGUUUUGAACUCGUUUGUAUUUAUCUUCUUGUAUGUAUUGAGAUUAUUAUUGAAAUUUUUGAAUGUUCUAUAUAUAUAUAUUUUUUAAUUUAGUCGCAUGUUAAUUAUCGCCCCUCGUUUUUUGGGGACUCUGUUGCCAAAGGGUUAGUCUGUCUUGGACGUCCACCAUCUUGUUGCUUGAAGCAUGGUUCUGCGUUCUGCCUGCUCGUGUGUAGUAAACUCCUCCCGUCUGCGCGUUUCGCUGUGAUCUGGCAACCCGCUUCACUCAUGCGCUCAUUAUGACGUCUCCGAACACACGUCAUCCGUUAAAACUCCGCCUUCUUCCGUCAUCCAAUCAGUGCAGAGUUUGCAGGUUGAUCAUUGAUUGUACAGAUAUCCAGGAUGUCGAAGCUGUAGUGCACUACAUAGGGAGCGUGGAGGUGUUUGUUGAGUCCUCAAUCCUACUAUUACUGAAUCCGAAAAGACUUCCUAUUCGACAAUGAAUCGAUCACUAAAAGCCUGAGUACACUUUGUAGGGAGUAGAGAAGUGUACGCUAGCUAAAUCUCAAAAGGCUCCCUAUUUGUAAAAAUCCUAGUGCACAACGAAGAGAAGAGUCGUUUAGGGUUAAGGCAGUAUUCCAUAUUGUCAUUGCAAUAGCAGCUGAAUUCAAAUAUUUGCAAAAACCCUAAUGCACUACUUAUGAAGGUGUGAGGCAUUUGGGAUUGAGCCCUUGUGUUAGGUCUUCAAGCCAGUCAUACAUUAAAUCCCUAUUUAGCACCAGAUUGUAGUUUGUAGAUUAUAAGUGCCCUAGUGUAGUAUGUAGGGAAAAGGGAGGCUUUUGGGAUUGAGCCUGGAUCUCAUCUCCUCAUGGCUACACUACCUGAAUCCCAAAAAGCUUCAUAGUGGACUUUAGACUGAUUAUAAAAGCCCUAAUUCACUACAUUUAGGCAUUUAGGAUUGAGGCUGUACAUCAUAUCUAAAAUCCCAGAUAUCCCCCUGUUCGUUUCUAGAUUUGUAGUGCACUACAUAAAAGACAUUUAUAUUGUAACUGAUGCCAUACACAGGCUCUGUUCCAAAAUCCUCCCUACUUGUUGCAUAGUGCACUCAGGCGUUUAUAACCAAACUAGCAUGAAAGACACACAGGCUCAAUCGCAGACUCCGACUCCUGCCGCGCGCUAGGGCUGUUUCCGCUGGCUAGUGCGCACUACCGAGGGGAAAGAGAGGAAUUUGGGACGCAUACGCUAGCCAAAAGGCUUCCUGUUUGACAGUAAAUUGUAGAUAACUGGGUGGUAUUUGGGAUGGAGCUUUGAAAAUCUUUCAUUUUAUUUUUUGAACAGUGAUUGUCAAAAUUGUGGGAAUGUUUUACAUCAUCAUUACCGUGGAGAUGCUCAAUAACGAGUGCAUGAGCCAGAGCGCUUUGUCACAGAAAAAAAGUGAACACGGAGAGAGAUAAACAUGCAUGACACACAUGCACACACACACACACACACACACACACACUGUAAAUACACAUGAUUUUGUACAGCGUUUAAAUAUCAUGAGUGUAAAGGACGGCCGUCUUGUGCAUCCUCACGCCGGCCUCGCUGCCAACCUUUUGUGCUUUUUGUGUAUAAAAAGGAUGAUGAUGAUGAUGAUGAUUGUUAUUAUGAUUAUUAUUAUGAUUAUGAUUAUUAUUGUUAUUAUUAUGACAAAAUUAAGCAUCGUAUAUGUGGCUGGCUCUCAAUGACUGUUGAUAUUGAAACAGUGAAAAAAAAUCUGCUCUGUGUAGAAUCUCCAUAUCGUGUAAAAAAAAAAAAGAAAAAAAAAGAUAAAUAUCAAAAGUGGCAAAAAGUUGUCUUGACUUCCAUUGUUACUAACUGUACUGGAAGAUAUUAAAGUGGGCAUGUGACUAUUUCCACACAACACAACUCCAAUUGGAUCGAAAAAAAGGAAUAAAAUAUACAUAAAAUAAAAAAAAAGAACAAGCAAAAGUUUCACUCAGCGUCGUAAGUGCGAUGGGCCGAGUGUGAGUCCAGUAUCCAUUGUGAAACUUUGUGUUCUUUUCAAUGUAUUCCUGUUCAGAGAUAGAGUACACACUGGUGCAUCAUGUCAUGUAAUGUGAUUAUGAAAAAUAAUGGACCUGCAAUUCGUUUCCAAACUGGAACAGAAUAAAGAGAAACAUGAGAAAAAAAUGUUUUUA